CCCUGCCCCCCCCAGCUCUGCCAGUGCCCCUCAAUCCCGACCCGCAGCCCCCUGCUAGCCCAGCCCUGCCCCCCACAGCUCUGCCAGUGCCCCUCACUCCUGGUCUGUCUCUUCUACUCUCUGACCUUCUGUCCCCUGAUUCCGCUGGCCUGACUCAAGUUGGCUCAGAGUGAAACCGCACCCCAGGCAGGACAGGUUGGUACGUUUUCCCUUCCCUAAACAUUGCUGAGAAGCAGGAGAACCCAGCUCCCAUUUGGCUUGGAACUGCCACGUAUCUGGCAGCCUCCCCCACCACCACCAGCAAGUCCUGGCCGCAGGCCCCUCCCUGCACCCCCAGCUGCGCGGGAUCCAGGCACCCCGGCUUCAGCACCCGGCAGACGGCCACUGCCCGGAAUCGUGAGCUGCGCAUCCCAGUCCCAGGCCAGAUGUCCAUGGCUGAUGCCAGCUGCAGACGCUGCUGAGAAGAUGUUCACCUGCCACCCGCCCAACGUCUCCCUGCUGGGAAGGCCCGGCAGCCCCGGGGCCCCCCUCCCCAUGCCUGUUGGCAGCUUGCCACUGGGGAACUCCUCGGUGGGCCAAAGGGGGUCCUCGCCGGCCAUGCCCAUCUUCUCCAUGAUGCUGGGCGCUGUCUCCAAUGUGGUGGCCCUGGCCAUCCUGGCGCAAUCCUACGCCCGCUUCCGGCGCCGCUCCAAGGCCACCUUCCUGCUCUUUGCCAGCAGCCUGGUCAUCACGGACUUCGCCGGGCACGUCAUCCCGGGCGCCUUCGUGCUGCAGCUCUACGCCACCCGGCAGAAAUGGGACACCAUGGACAGCACCGGCGCCAUGUGCCAGUUCUUCGGCGCCUGCAUGGUCUUCUUCGGCCUGUGCCCACUCUUCCUGGGCUGCGUCAUGGCGGUGGAGCGCUGCGUUGGGGUGACACGCCCGCUGCUCCACAGCUCGCUGGUCACCUCUGUCCGGACCAAACUCACCCUGCUGGGGCUCUGGGCCUCCGCCCUGGGCAUUGCCCUGUUGCCCAUCUUCAGCUUCGGCACCUACACCAUCCAGUACCCGGGCACCUGGUGCUUCAUCAAGGUGCAGCCGGUGGAGGACUGGUGCGAGGUGACCUUCGCCUUGCUCUUCUCCCUGCUGGGCCUGGCCUCCCUGCUGGUCGCCCUGGUCUGCAACACCCUGAGCGGACUCAGCCUGGUGCGGGCGCGGCUGCGGGCCGAGCGCAAAUGCGGGCAGCGGCGCGCCAAGGCCCACGACAUCGAGAUGGUGGUGCAGCUGGUGGGCAUCAUGGUCGUCUCCUGCAUCUGCUGGAGCCCUAUUUUGAUCUUCGUGGUGCUGGCGGUGGGCGACAAGGCCGGCUCCCUGCACUACCAGCACUUGCUGUUCCUGGGCGUGCGCCUGGCCUCCUGGAACCAGAUCCUGGACCCCUGGGUGUACAUCCUGCUGCGCCGGGCCGUGCUGCGCAAGCUGUAUGGGGUGCUGUGCCGCCAGCCCCCGGGCAAGGGCAGCCGCUUCGAGCGCUGGGAGGUCAGCUCCUUCCAGAGCUCCGAGCGCAGCAUGGUCGGCCGCUCGUAGGGGCCCGGCCGGACGAGACGGGGCGGCUGCCCCCGGCCCUCAUGCCCCUGGCAGGGCCUGGGCACCAGCGCCUGCUGGAGACGCGCUUGGGGGGACGCUGGAUGCCACCAGGUCGGAUGAUGGUGCCGCACCCGCCUGGGGAGCCUCCCCGCUGCAGAUGUUGCAGGAGCUGAGCCAGACGCCAAUGGAAAUCGGAGGGGGGUGGGGAGGCUGUAGGUGUCUUAGUCUUGCUUCCCUGCCUACAGCAAUGGUGCUGCCCGGGCCCACCCAGAUCCUGGCUCGGAGCAGGAGGCACCUUGGAAAUGCGGUGUUUGGGCAUGGCGGGGGCACAAUACCAUGCUGAAAUGCAGGAGUGGUGGUGCAGGGUGGCUUGUGCUAAGAGGGCCUGGCCUGCGAGGUAGCAGGGCCUAGUGGUUACGCUGUCAGCCUGCGCAUCAGGACACCGGGGUUCUGAGCAAACCGUGGCUUUAGGGGAGCUCAGGGGAAGCAGCAUAUUGAACCAGGCCUAACAUUUGGGGAAACUGAGGCACAAUGAAAGGCAGUGAUGUCACCAGUCUAGCAGGGCCCACCUGCUCCCCUGGCCAAAUCCAUUCUUCCUCCCUCAGCCCCCUGGAGGGGAUUCGCCUUCACUUCCUGGCCUGGCGUGGGCAGUGCUGGGAUGCGGCUGUCAGAAAACUGCCCUGUCCCGCCCCAGAGGUGACUGCAUCCCAGUGCUGGGCAAGGGUUUCCUGUAUGAAGAGCCCCCGCACCCUCCACCCAGAGGUGGCUGCGUCUCCAUGCGGCUGUGUAUCGUGCUCUCAACCCAGGGGCCAGGUUGGACGUGGGGGUGGAGGUAAAGGUACUUGGGAGGAGCUCUGCUCCCUUCCCCAGGUGCCAUUCCCAGGAUGGCUGGGGAGAUGCCCCCCACCCCACCCCCAUUCUUCCACCAGCCCCCCAGCUCCACUCCCCUAGGCCUUGCCUGGUGCCAGCCAACAUCUGCAGAGCUCCAGGACAUGGGGGGCGGGGGAGGGCUGGAGGGGAUCAGGAGUGAGCCCCCGAUGGACACAGGGAAAGCCGGGGUGGGGGGGAUGCUGGCCCCCAGCUGGGUGUUCAUUUCCCAGCAUGCCAUGGGGCCGCCUGCAGGGCAGCGCUAGGGGUUCUGUACAAUAAAGAGCUUUUACCAAUGG